CUUCCAAAGCGUUUUACAAGGGCCGUGGGUAGCAAGGGUCGUGGGAGGGCGCGGGCCCCCAUGCCACGUUGGUGAGCGGAUUUGGGGCAUGGCAGAGGUGGUACCAGGCGAGAUUUGUUGGGUAAGCGCAUAUAUGUCACACCCUCUAGACUUCCAGUCUCAGAUGCGAGUACACAGUACACACGCUCCGAGCAGGACUCUAGUUUUGUUUUCCUUUACCCCUCUUUGAGGAACCGCUCUGGGCCGGGGCGCCUGUGGCGCGGUGUUAUAUGUUUGAGCUCUGGCUGUCGACCUUAGUUGCUGGGCUACUUUCCCCAUCUCGUUCCUUCUUGCAAAGAAAACGACUGUUUUUCAGUGUUGCGAAGAUACCCGUGUUGAACUUGUUAAACGCGCACCUUGAUGAAAUAGCCAAUGGCGUGCUUUGUUUGAAGACUAUCUUGAAGCUUUGAAACAAGAUUUUUGGAACUUGUUUGUUGAAUACAUCAUGCGCAAACUUUGGACUGAAGGCUGUUAGAACAUGUGCAUCGACAUGUUUGAUUGUCCAAGGAUCACCGGCAAGCUCCCAGGCUAUUUGUCCCCAUCGGCCGGUCUUAAAUUUGCCGACGUGCCAAACGGACUUGCAGCAAUCUCCAAGGUGCCUGCAGCAGGCUGGGGGCAGAUCUUGGCCUACAUGGCAUUCUGCGAGGUUUCCCAGGAUCAAUCUCCUGGCACACCUGCUGCCGCUGGAGACUUUGGCUUCAAGGUCCUGACAUCAUCCGAUCCUGCUGAGAAAACAAAAAAACUUAGCGCCGAACUUGCCAAUGGCCGUCUUGCGAUGAUGGCGAUCAUCGGCAUGUUCUUUCAGGAUGGCUUGACUGGAAGCGCAUGGGGUGACUGGGCCAACUACACUGCCUCUCCGCUCCGCGCUUUGCGAUGAAGACGUUGUUGCAUAUCUGCGUUGCCCUGGUGAUGUGAGAGAAAAGAGGC